CUGCACACUCAUCAAUCCGUCGAGCCCGUCUACCUAAGCCACCUAAGGUACGUGGGUACCUCAGAGAAAUCUCUCCGGCCGACCCGGCAAGACUUCUUGUCUGUGGUCGUGUGCUCCUCGUCCAUUUUGUACUCGUUCGAGAAGCCUCUUUAGAAACCAUGUCAGCCCUGCGGCGGCGCAUUGCCAAUGCCCUGUCAACACCAUCUCCAUCCCCCAGUCGAGAAAGCACGCCCGAUCCUAGCGAAGAAGUCAAAGUCGUUUCGACCAAGAAGCUAGAGAAUCUCAAAAAGCAAAGACACACAAAGAGGAGGUCCGGGGUCAUCUUUGGAUUGGGGAGUCUUCUGGGACUGGUGCUAGCCCUGCUUUUCGCCCAGUCGCAAGAUGUUAUCAAGCUGGAAGGACUGCUCGAAGUCAAUUUGGACAGUUUGAUGGACGCUAUCCCUGCCGGCAUUGUGAAAGAUGUGAAGGACUUGUCCAAAGCAGAACGGGAUGUGGUCAACUACGACUCCUUUGCUGUGGGUCUGCACCUACAGUCGCAAGGCAUAUCGGCGGAUCAUCCCGUGAUCAUGGUUCCUGGGGUCAUUUCCACAGGCCUGGAGUCAUGGUCCACCGGCGAGAAGUCACGCCAGUAUUUCCGGAAACGCCUCUGGGGCUCGUGGUCAAUGAUGAGAGCGCUUGUGCUGGACCAAGCGGCGUGGAAGAAGCAUAUAAUGCUAGACAAGGAGACGGGGCUAGACCCUCCGGGCAUCAAGCUUCGUGCAGCUCAAGGCUUCGAUGCAACAGACUUCUUUAUCACGGGGUACUGGAUAUGGAACAAGAUCUUAGAGAACCUCGCUACGAUCGGUUACGACCCGACGAAUGCCUUCACGGCAGCAUACGACUGGCGCUUGUCGUACGCUAAUCUAGAAGUCCGCGACCAGUACUUCACGAGGCUGAAGAGCUAUAUCGAAGUAGCCUAUGCCACGUCAGGGCGUAAGGUCGUACUCGUCAGCCACUCAAUGGGCAGCCAAGUUGUUUUGUACUUUAUGAAAUGGGCCGAGCAUAAAAAUCACGGCAAAGGCGGCCCUCAUUGGGUGAACACUUAUAUUGACUCCUGGAUCAAUAUAUCAGGUUGCAUGCUCGGCACAGCAAAGGACAUCCCUGCCCUUCUAUCUGGCGAGAUGAAAGACACAGCUCAACUCAACGCCUUCGCUGUAUACGGGCUCGAGAAAUUCCUGUCCCGGGAAGAUCGCGCAGAAAUCUUUCGCGCCAUGCCCGGUAUAUCGUCGAUGCUGCCCAAGGGUGGCGAAGCAGUUUGGGGUAACAGUACCUGGGCGCCCGAUGACUUGCCGUAUCCCCAGCAGAACAGCACUCACGGUGUCUUUCUCUCCUUCAGGCCGAAAUUUAACUCAACCGGACCUGCUCGCAAGAAUUUGACCAUGGCUGAGUCAUUUGACUAUCUUAUGAACAACACGGAGCCAUGGUAUCAGGAACAAAUCAAACACGCGUACUCUCACGGCGUGGCUCACACGAAGGCCGAGGUGGAGCGUAAUGAGAACGUCCCCCAGACGUGGCUGAAUCCGCUUGAAGCGCGUCUGCCAAUUGCACCGGACAUGAAGAUCUACUGCUUCUACGGGAUUGGCAAGCCGACAGAGCGAUCUUAUUUCUACAAGGACAACGAAAAUCCAUUACAUGGGAAUGUCAAUGUAUCGAUCGACACGUCAGUGAGUUCGCCAAAUGGCCGUACCCAACAGCCAGGCGUGAUUGACCAUGGAGUCGUCUUUGGCGAAGGAGACGGUACAGUGAAUCUCCUUUCGACGGGUUACAUGUGUGCAAAGGGGUGGAAGAAGAUCAGGCGGUACAAUCCUGCUGGUGUCAAAGUCACCACCUACGAAAUGCCUCAUGAACCUGAUCGGUUUAGUCCUCGAGGUGGUCCGAAUACAGGCGACCAUGUUGAUAUCCUCGGCCGAAGCAGCUUAAACGAUUUGAUUCUGAGGGUUGCUGGUGGCAGAGGACACGAGAUCGAGGAAAGGUAUGAAAGCAGGAUAUGGGAGAUCAGCGAGAAGGUGCAAAUAUUCGAUGACGAGUGAGGAACCCAUGACUACCAGGUAUACAGGGCAUACGAGUAAGUUAAUGUACGUUGACAUGGCGCGGCGUUUUGGAUUGUGGUCUACACUCACAGCAUGAUACCCAAUAGAGUUCGGAUUGGCAAUGAGCACCUGUUCAGGACUAUGAGAAAUGAUUUACUUGCAAAUAGAUGAGGCCAGAACGAGCUCAGCGGUGCAUAUGUUUGCAGUGUUGUCUGGCUUUGGCGCUUCGUGGACAUUUAAUGCAGCUGGUUCCUAC